AUUUUGCGUCAAAGUCACACUCAGUCCAUACAUUUCUUCAAAUUAAAAUUUCGCACGUGUUACUUACCGUAACACAUUUUUCCCUUUGGCACAAUGUUAUCCACAAUAAUUCUUGUAGUAGCCGUCUUCCUAAUAUUAAGAUUCCUCUACAACAGACGCUUCAACUACUGGAAGCGACAGGGUAUCCCAGAACGCCCCAGCUAUUUCGAGGCGUACAAUUUAAACAAGCACUCCGUAAUGACAUGGGAUUCAAAAAAUUAUGAAGCUUUAAAGGACCACAAGUUCGGGGGAAUGUGGGAAAUGCUGUAUCCCGUCCUCUACCUAAGAGAUUUAGACUUGAUUAAACAAAUCUUCAUUAAAGACUUCCACCACUUCGUUAACCGUCGCACCUUCCCGACAAACAAUGAAAAAGAUCACACCAAACUCAUGCUCUCCUUUCGAGAGACCGACGACUGGAAAGAAUUACGAAACAUUCUCACCCCAGGAUUUUCUACGGUCAAGAUGCGCCGACUUUUCACCCUGUUCGACUCCUGCGCCAAGAGAUACAUGGAUUAUUUACAUUCAAAAUGCGACUCUCCGAUCGAAUUUCGAAACGCCAUGGGAAAAUAUACGAUGGCCUGCAUCGCCGAAUCGGUAUUCGGAAUCGAUUGCCACGCCUUUGGCGAACAUCAAACCGAGUUUUUCAAAAUGGGGAAGGCCUACAUGGAUUUUAGUCCUUGGCGAGUUUUUAAACUAAUGUUUGUCUCAAAUUAUCCGAAAGUAGCGGAUUUUUUCGGGCUGAACGUCUUCCAUCAGGACGCGGACACCUACCUGACCAAAGUUGUCGAGGACGUUUUACGCAGUCGGAAAGGGGUGAAGGGAAAUCAUAACGAUUUUCUGGAAAUCAUGCGAGAAAAUUCGGAAGAACAAGAACACGGACAAAAAGUCUUGUCGGAACAUGAAAUCGUGGCGCAAUGCAUGAAUUUCUUUGCGGCAGGGUCAGACUCGAUUGAAACGGUGCUGAUUUGGGCGACGUAUGAGCUUGCGAAGAAUCCCGAUAUGCAACAAAGGCUGUACAAAGAGGUGAACGAAGGGAUGACGAAGAAUGGUGGGGAGUUGACCUUUGACACGAUGACGGAUAUGGAAUAUUUGGAUAUGUUCGUGUCAGAAUGCCUGCGGAAAUAUCCACCCACCAUGCGAGCUGAGCGACGCUGUUUAAAAGAUUAUCCCGUUCCUGGCACGAAAUACGUCGUUCCGAAAGGUUUAUUCGUACACAUUCCGAUUUAUCCAAUUCAUCACGACCCAAUGUAUUGGCCCGAGCCGGAGAAAUUUGAUCCUGAGAGGUUUACGAAGGAAAAUAAGAGUGCCAGAAACCAGUAUUCUUACCUGCCCUUUGGCUACGGUCCGAGAACUUGCAUAGCUGGACGAUACUCCAUCGUUGAGACGAAAAUAUGUCUGGCUCAUUUAGUACAAAACUUUGUAAUUUCCACGUGUGAAAAGACCGAACCUAAACCGAUUUAUUUUCAUUUGAGCUUAAAACCUGUAAACGGUACGUGGCUUUCACUUAAACCGAGGAAGCGUUGAUUUCAACAUAAAUAUUUCUGUUAAAUUUUUAAUAAACUCUUUAAUAAACCCUAAUUUUGAAUAAUGGAAUCUAAA